CUCCAGUGAUAAUAGUUUUUAAAGUCAAUUCCAUCGGCAAUACUUUUCAAGACGUUUUGAUUCGACAAUUUAAGACUUCUUAUGGUUUGAUUUUUGUCAAAAUGAACAAAUUUUUUCCAUUCAAUAAAUUUGUCACUGGCUUUAACAUCAUCAAAGCCAACGGUGGACCAUUAAACGCCUUAAAAAAAUUAUUCAGACAAGAUGAAUUGAAAAUUGGUACAUUAGUCGGUACUGAUGAAAUGGGCAAUCGUUAUUAUGAAAACAAUAUGUAUUUUUAUGGACGUAAUCGUUGGGUAGAGUACAAUGACCAAGUUUAUUUGAAUUAUGAUGCAAGUCAAAUUCCUGCCGAAUGGUAUGGUUGGAUCCAUUACAAAACGGACCUUCUUCCAUAUAAUGAUCCAAACAGACCAAAGUACAAGUGGAUGGCCAAACAUACAGAAAACGAAACUGGUACAGAACGCCAAUAUGUACCUUACAGUACAAUGCCACCAAAAAUCCAAGCUUGGGUACCACCAAAUAAGAAUUAAAUUAUGUGGUACUAUUUAGUGUAAAUACAUAUUAAAAACAAAUUGUUAUUAAUUUCAUUUUUAAAUUAGUUAAACAAAUAUUGAAUUUCAAAUAAAUAUACCGUAAAUUUAUAUUAAUAAAUACAAUAGAUAUCACCUUUUUUGCUUAUACUAAAUCAUUUUAGUUUAAAAUAAUUUGAUUGUACCUAUAUUAUUCACAGAUAUACUAUGCAGCCAUAAAUGUUAAUUAUAAAAUGAAGAGUACCAUUUUUUACCAGUAAUUUUUAGAAAGCAUUAAAAAAAACAAUGUAAAGAAAUGUAA